AUGGACAAUAUCACACCAUCGCCGCAGACAUCGCGCAAUGUCGCGUUGAUAGCGGCGGAGGACGCCGAGAUGAUCCAUCCACUGACAGCCGGGGUCGAGAUCGUCGACGUACACGAGCAGGCCAUGAAGGAGCUCAAUGAAGCCCGAGGUUUGCAGGCGGAGCUGGCCGAUAGCAAAUUGGCCGCGAUGGGGUUGGAGUCCCGCAUCGCCGAGCUGGAGGAGCAGCAACGCGAAUCCGCCGCUCGAGAGGCCGAGUUGAAGAGCCUUGGCGAUUCGUACAGCCGGGCUCACGCCAGCGCCGACGCCGAGCGUGUCCGCGUCGAGCGCAAGAACGAGGAGCUCCAAAAAGAACACUGCGAGCUCCAGAAAAACUAUGAUCUUAUGGUACAGACCUGGAGAGACGAGUCGCGGGAGUGCAUUCGCCUCGAGGGGGAGGUGGAUACAGUUACCGACAAUCUCAAGCUGGCCCAUAGAGAUCGAGAGAGGAUAUCGGCCGACUUGGCUGAGAUGACAAGGGAGCGGGAUGAGGCCCGUCGGCAAAAGGACGAGGCCCAUCUACAAAAGAACGAGGCGCUCGGACAGCGUGACCAGGCCCUCAAGGAGUCAGAAGGUACUCGCCAGGAAAAGUAUAAGGCCUUGAAGGACCGAGACCGGGCCGCCCAGGACCGAUAUCAAGCCCUUGGAGAGCUAGAGGGCGCUCGCCGGGAAAAAUGCGAGGCAUUGAAGGAGCGAGAUGAGGCGCUCAGACAGCGAAACCAGGCCGCCCAAGGGCAGAACCAAGCUACCCAGAAGAGAGACCAAGCCCUCAAAGAGCUAGAAAGUGCUCGCCAGGAAAAAUACGAGGCCUUGGUGGAACGAGAUGAGGCCCGUCUACAAAAAGACGAGGCGCUCGAACGGCGAGAUCAGGCCCUACAGGAGCGGGAUCAGGCCCUCCAGGAGCGGGACCAGGCGCUCGAGGGGCGAGAGGCAGUUGCCGAAGACCUCUUCGAGGAAUGCAACUCCGUCGAGGCUCUCUCGGCAUCCUUGACGGAUCUCCGGAGCCAGCUCCAGGCGGCACAGUCAUCUGGGAAGCGCCUCGAGGAGGAUCUGCAGAGGGAGAAAGUUUCCUCCAGAGAUCUCGCAACGGCUAACCUGAAGCUCCAGUGCGACCUCCAAAGCGAGAAGACGUCCACCAAGGACCUCGCCGCGAUCAACGCCCAGCUCCAGAGCGAGCUCCAGCGUGAGGGAAAUGCCCUCGCCUCGGAGCGCGCGGAUGCGCGAGGUCAUGGUAUGGAUGUGGGACGCAAUGGUCCCGGCCCCCUCCCUCCAGCUAACCGAAUGGAACAGCCGCCGGCACCACCCGCAUGGCUCAUCCUCCCCACGCCGCCCGAUGCCGAUACUGACUACCUAGAGCAGCCAGUGCCCCUAAACCUAGAUGGUCUCGCCCUCGCCUUGUUCAGUGCCAUUGAGACCGGGAGGGCAGGGUCCGAUUGGGCCCUGCGCUGCCUGGCAAGUCUCACGAGGCGCGUCGGCACUGAUCCGGCGCCGCCACUCAAGGUGAAUAUCUUCGGGACUCUGCUUUCGUAUGUCGUCGCCCAGUUACAGCGGCGUGACCCUGCGGCGCCACCCGUUACUAUACCGGUGGCGGCUGCUCUCGCCUGGUGGCAGGUCUCCUUGCUCCUGGAGGCCAAGUGGCCUCCAGAGCAACUGGUCCGGGCGGCCAAAGAAGACCUCGAGUCGUGGCUCUCUAGGGAUCAUCUCGCCCAUGGUCUUGUCGCAGCCCUGUCGACAGACGGGGCCAUGCCCGGGUUCCUGGCGCAGAAUGCCAAGAACUUCAACCAGCUGGUGACGCCCGGCUUUACCCAAGCAGCAGUGACGCUGUUGGCAUCGUCAUCAUGGCGUGACAUGGUCCUGGUCGAUACCAAGAGGUGCCUUCUCCGCGUGAUCCCGCGCUGCGGCAUCUUGGAGGGGUUUGACGAACUGGGACUGGUCGGGCCCAGCACCGGUGACAUUCUCCUCGCCAAGGGCAUAGAGGAGUUGAAAUGGCUCCAGCACUGUGGCUUCUAG